AUGACGGAAACAGACCAUCAUCUUAAGGGCAUUUAUAGCAGUAAGGGAUGGCUCCGACGAAUCGGCAUCACAUUUUGCAGAAAGCAACGCAGGACCUAUUAUCUCAAUCCUCAAAACGUCCUGCUGCCCAUCCCUCUUCCCGGACUACGCAAGUUUCCAGGAAGAAUUUUAAGCCCUUUCGUGGCAGAGCUCCCUCGAGAGCCUCCACUCGGGGGAGAACCUUCCCUAGAGGCAGAGCCCCAUCAAAGUCUAGGGGAAAGAAAUGACUUAUCUACCCUUCAGACACCGGUCGGAGCGAGACUCGCUCUUUUCUCAGAAGCUUGGAGGAUAAGAGGAGCGAACAGUUGGUCACUCGAAGUUAUCGAGAACGGUUACAAGAUCCCGUUCCUCUCAAGACCUGCAUUAAGCACGGAACCGAUAGAUCUGUCGCCAUCUUACCAGACUUCGAAACAACAGAUCCUGCUAGAUCUUUUGGAUCAAAUGUUAGAGAAGAGAGCGGUAGAGCGGGUUCUAUCAUUGAAUUCCCCAGGCUUUUACAACAGGUUAUUCCUGGUUCCGAAGCAGUCUGGGGGAUGGAGACCUGUCCUGGACGUGAGCAGACUAAAUCUUUUUGUAAAGAAAGAAAAAUUCAAGAUGGAAACUUCACAGUCUGUUUUAGCAACACUAAGACCAGGGGAUUGGAUGGUGUCCUUGGAUCUCCAAGAUGCAUACUUCCAUGUCCCGAUCCAUCCUCGGUCCAUGAAGUACCUCAGAUUCGUCUUAAAAGGGCAGGUCUUCCAAUUCAGAGCCCUCUGCUUCGGACUAAGUACAGCUCCGAUGGUUUUCACGUUUUUGAUGCAAAACGUAGCAAAAUGGCUUCAUCUUUCGAAGAUAAGAGUCUCACUCUAUCUAGACGAUUGGCUCAUCCGGUCGUCUUGCAAGACAAAGUGUCUGGAGGACCUUCACAAAACGUUACAGCUGACAAAAGCCCUAGGCCUUCUCGUCAAUUUCGAGAAAUCCCAUCUGAUCCCAACACAGUCCAUCGUGUAUCUGGGGAUUCAGAUGGAUUCAGUGGCUUUUCAAGCUUUUCCAUCCACGGAACGUCAGCUGAAAUGCUUAGAAAAAGUAUUAGUCUUCUUAGAGAAGGAAAUAUGCUCAGCGAGGGAAUGGAUGAGUCUGCUGGGGACCAUUUCCUCGCUGGAGAAAUUUGUUUCUCUGGGAAGGCUACACCUCAGGCCGCUUCAGUUCUUCAUAGCAGACAACUGGAAGAACAAAAAAGACUUGAACGAAAUUUUAAGAAUCUCUCAGUCGGUCAAAGACCAUUUGAAGUGGUGGUUCGAUCCCGUCAAGCUAUUGGAAGGACUGUCUCUCAAGCUUCUGAGCCCAGACCUAGUGUUGUUCUCAGACGCGUCCAUGACAGGCUGGGGAGCAACACUGGGGGAGGAAGAAGUGUCAGGCCUCUGGAGAGGGGAACAGAGGUCCUGGCACAUAAACCUCAAGGAAUUAGAAGCAAUUCGUUUGGCUCUGCAAUUAUUUGAGGAAAGAAUUAUAGAACGGAUUGUCCAGAUCAACUCAGACAACACCACAGCUCUCGCAUAUAUCAAGAAACAGGGAGGGACGCAUUCUCGACCCCUGUUCGAGAUAGCGAGGAAUAUCUUGCUCUGGGCGAAGAUGAGGGAUAUAACGUUGCUAACAAGGUUCGUGUCAGGAGUGCAGAACGUUCGGGCAGACCUUCUCAGCCGUCAACAUCAGCUGCUUCCGACCGAGUGGACUCUCCAUUCAGAAGUUUGCCGGGAGUUGUGGAGACUUUGGGGGAGGCCAUUAGUAGACCUCUUCGCGACAUCGAAGACAAAGAGGCUCCCAAUUUACUGCUCCCCGGUUCUCGACCCAGGAGCGAUAGCGAUAGAUGCCAUGCUUUGGAAUUGGAAGGGAAUGGAUGUCUACGCCUUUCCUCCAUUCAAACUCCUGGGAGAGCGACUGGUUCGCAGAGGUCAUGUCAUUUCUGGUAGACUUUCCAAGGACUCUACCAGAAAGAAUCGAUCUACUCAAACAGCCCCACUUCGAGAGGUAUCACAAAAACCUCUCCGCUCUGAGUCUGACUGCAUUCAGACUAUUGAAAAGUUGGCCAGAGCGAGAGGUUUUUCAAGAGCAGUGGCAAGAGCUAUUGCCAACGCUAGAAGAACAUCCUCUCAAGUUGUUUACCAAUCGAAGUGGGCUGUUUUUAGGAGAUGGUGUAAGAGGAGAGAUGUUUCCUCCUCCACGACCUCUGUGAGCCAGAUUGCCGAUUUCCUUCUACACCUUAGAAAUAUUGACAAGCUUUCAGUGCCCACAAUCAAAGGCUACAAAAGCAUGCUGUCGACAGUCUUCCGACACAGGGGCUUGGAUUUGUCGAAUAAUAAGGAUCUGCACGAUCUUUUGAGGUCUUUUGAGACCUCAAAGAUUCCACGACCUAGAAUUCCGUCAUGGAAUCUGGAUUUUGUCUUGAAAUUUCUAAUGUCAAGCCCAUUUGAACCUUUGCAUGCUGCCUCGAUGAAGGAUCUAACUAGAAAGGCUGUCUUCUUAACAGCUUUAGCAACAGCGAAAAGGGUUAGCGAGAUUCAGGCCAUGAGUAAGCAUGUGGGCUUCAGAGAAUACAAUGCGGUGUGUUCUCUGAGUCCCUCGUUCUUAGCCAAGAACGAAAACCCGUCCAACCCUUGGCCCAAGAGCUUUGAAAUCAAGGGGUUAUCAGAGAUUACCGGACGAGAACCAGAGAGAGUCCUGUGCCCUGUCAGGGCUCUCAAGUUUUAUCUGGCGAAAAUUAAACAAUGUAGAGGUCCGUCGGACAACCUGUGGUGCUCGGUCAGGAGACCAGAAUUACCAAUGUCGAAGAACGCUCUGGCGUUCUCCUUAAGGAGCACCAUCAGGGAGGCUCAUGCGUCUUGUCCAGAUAGUGACCUUAGUCUUUUGAAGAUUAAAGCUCACGAAAUCAGAGCCAUAGCGACUUCGGUGGCUUUCCAAAAGAAUAUGGCACUCAGUGAUAUCUUGAGUGCCACAUAUUGGUGA